GCCGAACCCUUCGACGACCCAGGGAGUUCAAAUGAAGCCCCUGAACCACACUCGAUAACUACCUCUCCUCAAUCGACCCCGCCUGGGUAACGGCACCUCUUUCUCGAAAUGUUGGAAGGCCUCGUGGCGGGGCUCUUGAACCGCUUCUUGGGCAUGUAUGUCAAGAACUUUGACCCAACCCAGCUCAAGGUCGGAAUUUGGUCGGGCGAUGUCAAACUCCGCGAUCUCGAGCUCCGGCGCGAAGCCCUCGACCAGCUCAAGCUCCCCAUUAAUGUCGUCGAGGGCCACCUGGGCCAGCUGACGUUGACCAUACCGUGGUCCAACCUCCGCGGCGCUCCCGUCAAGGUCUUCAUCGAGGACGUGUUUCUUCUGGCGUCCCCCAAGGAGGAGGCGGAAUACAACGAGGAAGAGGAGGAGCGGCGGAGACAGCGCAUCAAGAUGGAGAAGCUCGACUCGGCCGAGCUGCUCAAGGAGAGAUCACAGGAGGGUCUCAGCCAGGAGGAACAGAAGCGCACCCAGAGCUUCACCGAGAGCCUCGUCACCAAGAUCGUCGACAACCUCCAGGUCACGGUCAAGAACAUCCACAUUCGAUACGAAGAUGCAAUCUCGGCCCCCGGCCACCCCUUCGCCUUGGGCCUGACCCUGGAGGAGUUCAGCGCCGUCAGCACCGACGGCGAGUGGAAGCCGACAUUCAUAACGGACUCCACCAAGACCACACACAAGCUGGCAACGCUGGGCGCAUUGGCUGUGUACUGGAACACGGACACGAAGCUGAUGGGCCCCGGACGCGAGGUGCACACGCCAGGGGUGGAGCUGACACCACACGAUGAAUUGCUGCAGAGCUUCAAGUCCAUGAUUGUGAAGAGCGACAGCGAGCAGACCGGGAACCACCAGUUCAUCCUCAAGCCCGUCUCGGGCCAGGCCAAGAUCGAGCUCGACAAGACGGGCAGCCCCCAUGUUCCCAAAUUCAAGGCCAAUCUGCUGUUCGACGAGAUUGGGCUUGUGCUUGACGACCAGCAAUACCGCGAUGCCCUGAUGAUGGUGGACCUGUUCCACUACUUUAUUCGGCACCAAGAAUACAAGAAGCUCCAACCCAAAGACGUCGGUCCUAAGGAGGACCCCCGCGCUUGGCUGCAAUUUGCUGGAAAUGCGGUGCUUAGCAAGAUCCACGACAGGAACCGGCGCUGGUCGUGGGACUACUUCCGCGAACGCCGCGACGACAGGAAACGGUACGUAGUCCUGUUCAAGAAGAAGAAACAAAACCAGGAGCUGUCCCCCCAGGAGAGUGACGACCUGAACAAGCUGGAGUGGAAGCUGGAUUACGAGGACCUCCGGUUCUGGCGGUCAUUGGCACGCAGCCAGCUUAAGAAGGAGAACGCCGAGGCUCUCAAGAACCGGCCGCCGCCCCAACCACAGCAGCAGCAGCAAGGCUGGUUGGCCUGGGCGUGGGGCUCGAAACCCCACCAGCAAGAGAAGCAGGACGAGAUGGAAAACAUCCAGAUAACCGAAGAGCAGCGCAAGGAGCUUUAUGAUGCUAUUGACUGGGACGAGAAGAACGCUCUUGCCGCCGAGGUUGACGUGCCGAGAGACACCGUCAAACUGCAGAUUGAAGCUUCGCUGAGCACGGGCAGCUUCACCCUCAAGCAGAAUCCCCAUGAAAACACAAAAGACUUGGUCAGCCUCCAUUUCGACUUUUUCCGGGCGAAGGGUCUUAAGAGGCCUGAUUCGUUCCUGGCGGAUUUGAGUCUGGGCGGCUUGCGUGUCAAUGAUGGCACCACACCAGACAGCCUGUACAAGGAGAUCGUCCGAGUCAAGGAUGCGCCCAGGUACGACACGCAGAAGCGCCUAUCUGUCGCUGAAUUGGAUGGCGCAGCAGCGGGGGACUCGUCCAGCGCGCAAAAGCGGUUGUCCGUCGCCGAGCUUGAGCCAGGCAGUGAUGAGGCGUUCUUCCAGUUCCAAUUGGAGCAAAAUCCCCUCGACGGACAGGGAGACAUUGCUUUGAAGGCCAAGUUGAAGCCGCUCGAGAUUGUCUGGAACCCCAAUGUCGUGAUCGGCGUGGUUGACUUCUUCAGGCCCCCCGAGCGCCAUAUGGAAUCCAUCAACGCGCUCAUGGAGACGGCUGGCGCGACAGUGGAGGGUCUGCGCGAACAGACUAGAGCUGGCCUUGAGUUUGCCCUCGAAGAACACAAGACUGUCAAUGCAAAGUUGGAUCUGCAAGCUCCUCUUAUCAUCAUUCCCGAGAGCGUCACGCGCAAAACUUCAACAUGUCUCAUCCUAGAUGCCGGUCACAUCAGUGUGAAUAGCGAGCUCGUCGACAAGGACACGAUGAAGCAGGUCCAAUCCAAGCAGAACCAGACCUACACGGACGAGGACUUCAAGAGAUUGGAGUCUCUCAUGUACGACCGAUUUACCGUCAAGCUUACGUCUACCCAGGUAUUGAUCGGGCCUUCGGUCGACGAGACGAAGCAGCAGCUAGUGGAGAAGGACGAUAAACUCAUGUUCCACGUCGUCGACAAGAUCAAUGUUGACUUCGUCGUCGAGAUGUCCAUCUUGCCAAAGGCCCCCAACCUGACAAAACUCCGAGUUUCGGGCCACCUCCCCGUCCUCCAUGCCACCGCUUCUGAUGCCAAGUACAAGAGUCUCAUGCGUAUCAUCGACGUGGCCAUACCAAAACUCGAUAGCCCCCAGCGGCCUUCGUAUGGAGAUACUCGCUCACCGAGUCGUCCUCGGCUUUACAGCAGCGCGUCUAGUCGGUCGCAUAGGAGGCGAAGCCGACGACCUUCAUCCCAGUUCCUGCCGUUUACUAUGCAGCAGCAAGCCAUCAUACUCCAUGAUGACGACUUGGACGACGACGACGAUAAGUUCGAAGACGCUAAGGACGGCUCAGCGAAUGAGCAGCUCAGGAUGCAGCAACGAAGCUUCGAGUUCAAGUUUUCUGUUGACAAGCUGAAGGGAUCUCUUUACCGCAGCGACCCCGACAGAAAACGGCCCGAUCAGCUACUCGUCGACCUUGUCGCCGAAAACUUUGACCUGGAGUUCUAUCUAAGGCCGUUUGACAUGGCUGCCAAGGUCUCGCUCGGCUCCGUGACCGUGGACGACUUUGUGGAUAAUCCGCCAGCCGAGUUCAAGUCCAUUGUAUCUUCCGGCGAUGUCGAAGAUCGGAAGCAGCAGAGGGACCUCGUGCACGUCAAGUUCGUUAAAGUGAAGAAGGAGUCCCCCGAGUUCAUGCCCGUGUACGAAGGUGUCGAGACCAAUGUGGACGUUGCCAUUUCCACCAUCAACCUCGUCGUAACACGCAAGACGUUGCUCACUCUCCUGGACUUCAUUCUCGUGACCUUCACUAAUAACGAGGCCGCCAGACCAGUUUCUAAAAAGGCGAUAACGGAUGACGGCUCGGAGACCAACGUCGAGAUUGCGCCCCCCUCCCCCGCCGAGCAGCAGAGCGAUACUGGCGCCAUCAGGGUGAAAGUCGAUCUUAAGACGAUCCGACUGAUCCUCAACAACGACGGUAUUCGCCUUGCCACGUUGUCCUUCAACCACGCCGAUGUUGGCGUCUUCCUCCUUGGGAAGACGAUGCGCGUCUCAACAAAGCUUGGGGAUCUCAGCCUUGUUGACGAUGUGAAUCUUGGCGUGUCUGAGGCAUCCAGCUUACGCCAACUCGUUACCAUCCAGGGCGAAGAGCUCGCCGAUUUCCGUUAUGAGACGUUCGACCCCUCCAGGCCAGACCUGUAUCCGGGUUACGAUUCCUCCAUCUAUCUGCGUGCUGGAUCGGUCAAGAUCAACUUUGUUGAAGAGCCAUUUCGCAAGAUUGUCGCCUUCCUUGUCAAGUUUGGAAAGAUGCAAGCCAUCUAUAAUGCUGCGAGACAGGCCGCGGCCAACCAGGCCAAUCAGCUUCAGCAGAGCCAGAGCCGCAUCAGGUUUGAUGUUGUGGUCAAGACGCCCAUUGUCGUCUUCCCCCGUGAUGUGAUCCCAGGCAAGGCAAAACGGGACCUGGUUACUGCAUACCUUGGAGAGAUCUACGCUCAAAACAAGUUCGCCCCGCUUGACGAUUCCAAAAACUCCGAAAUUGCCAUGAAACUGUCUGCCGGGAUCCGCAACAUCAGAUUGACGUCCAACUUCCAUUACACCGACGACCGAGAGGAAGAGCUGGAGCUCAUUGACCACGUCGACCUUGACUUCAAGAUCAUCUACGCCGAGCACAAGGACGGCAUCAAGCGACCGGAUCUUGAGAUAGAGGGACACAUGACAGACUUCAACCUGCGGAUCACCCCAUAUCAGCUCCGCUCUCUUCUUGAGAUCUCACAGUCAGUCCCCGCUGCCUUCUCCGGAGACUCGGAAGCAGGAGCCGCAGACGCCGAACGCGACGUCGACGAUGCAACCCUUAGCAGGGCAAGGACCAUGUCGGGCUUUAGCGACGAGGAUAAGAAUGCGCAGCUAAUCGACAUGAGCCCCGAACUUGGCACGCAUGGGGCGUCCUGGACGAAGCUUGAUUUGAUCUUCAAAGUCAACAUCAUUGGCCUGGAGCUGGUCAACGCGUCAGAAGACACGCCUGUUGGGGAUCUCGAUGCUGCCAGUCUUUCCAGGUUCAGUCUCGAUGCUAGCCAGCUGAAGACUCGGAUGGACUCCAAUGGUAGCCUUGAGGCCGAGUUCAUCAUACAGUCGUUCACGAUAUCCGAUUCUCGCCGGGGCGAAACCAACAAAUUCCGGCGCAUCAUGACGAGCGGCAAUAAGAACGUGCAGCAGUUCAUGGCCAGCGUUACCAUGUCGGGGGGGAAGAAUAGGAAUGUGAUUGCCAUGGUAGCUGUCGACAGCCCCCGGAUUAUUUUCGCGCUCGACUAUCUCUUUGCCAUCCAGAACUUUGUCGUGACCGGCAUGCAGUCAAAUGAGCCGGACUUGCCGGCCACCAGCCCUCUGGAAAGUCCCGACGAAAUGAGCGACACCGACUCGAUGCAAGUGUCGUUCACUGGGAGGAAAUCGGAAAGCAGCGGCCCCGACGACGCUGGAAAGGGCUCAAGGCAGGCUCCCGGCAGCGAGCAGUCCAAGAUGACCUUCGCUUAUAGGGUCAAUAUUGUUGACGCCCAGGUCAUCUUGAUCGCCAACCCCCUCAGCGCCAGCUCGGAAGCGAUUGUUUUGGGGACGAAGCAAGUCCUCCUCUCGCAGCAGCACGCCUUCACUUUCCAAGUCUCCCAGUGCGGCAUGUUCCUGUGUCGCAUGGAUCGGUUUGACGACUCGCGUCUGAGGAUCCUGGAUGACUUCUCGAUACAAAUGUCCGUGGACAGUUCCAAACCAAUGACCACUGCUAUCUAUCUCGAUAUUGAGCCGUUAAUUCUGCGGUUGUCCCUGCGAGACAUCCUGCUGGUCAUGCAAACGAUCAGCAAAGCCUCUGAAUUGUCGGGAGGAGAGCCCAAACCGCCCAAUACCACGGCAUCGGACCAAAAGGCCAAACAACUCAAGGCAUCGGGGAUCAAGCAAAGAACAGCCAGCGGAAGGGGAGCCUCGACCAUGGCGGCGCGAACAAGGGCCACAAGUAAAAGCGUUGCUGGUGGAACAUCUCCUGGCCAGCCCCUAAAUAAAGGCAGCCCCCAACCGCACGACAUCUCCAAACCCAUUGCGCGGCACGAAGAACUAACGGCCAACAUCGAUGGAAUCCGUAUUGUGCUUAUUGGCGACCUUCAUGAACUUCCCAUCCUCGACCUGAGCAUUAAGAACUUCACUAGUACUGCGAAAAAUUGGUCCACGAACCUCAAGGCGGAAGUGGCAAUUGACAUGUACACAAACAUUUACAACUUUGCAAAGUCUGCCUGGGAGCCCCUGAUCGAGCCAUGGCAGGUCGGUUUAGGUGUGGCACGGGAGCAAGCGACUGGCCUAAUGUCGAUUGACGUGUCCUCCAAGAGGAGCUUCGACGUGACCAUCACGACUGCCACCAUUGCGCUCGCUUCCAAGUCCUUUGUCUUCCUCACCCAGGACCAAGACGUACUCAGCAAGCCACGUGGCACGGAAGCACCAUAUCGCAUCCGCAACUACACAGGUUUCGAUGUUGUCCUCAACGCCAAGCGACAGAGCACCGACGAGAACACUUCGCUCCGUCUUGAGGACGGCCAAGAAGCGCCGUGGAGCUUCGAGGAUUGGGAAAAGAUGCGAGAGAAUUUGCUCGUGGACAGCGCUAGCGCUAGCAUCGUGGCUGUCCAACUCGAGGCCAGCGGGUUCGAUACCGUGAAGAAUAUCCGACUCAACCGAGAGGGCGAAUUCCUCUUCGCACUUCGCCCGAAGGCGGACGAGGUUCUGCACAAGCUCAUGGUCGACAUCAAGCUCGGGGCUGACAAUGUCAAGUAUGUGACGCUUCGCAGCCCUCUUCUGGUGGAGAACGACACGGACAUUCCCGUGGAACUUGGCGUGUACGAUGCCCACGAGGGUCACCUGCUCAAAAUUGAAAAGAUCGCACCCGGCGAGAGCAGGCCAGCUCCUGUCGGGGCCGCAUACCUAAAGAGCUUGCUCGUCCGUCCCGAUCCUGGGUUUGGGUAUGGGUGGAGCAACGAUUCCCUGUGGUGGCGCGACCUGCUUAAGCGGCCGACAAGGACACUGGUGUGUCGGGGAGAGAAUAGCGAGCCCUUCUACUUCCAGAUGUCUGCUCGCUACGACCGAGCUAAUCCAAUGACAAGGAACUACCCAUACAUGCGUCUGAAGCUGUCGGCGCCGGUUACCCUGGAGAACUUGCUGCCAUAUGACUUCAAAUACAGGAUAUACGACAAGAACACGAAGAAAGAUUGGUCAAACUUUUUGCGCAAGGGCGGCGUAAGUCCCGUCCAUGUUGUCGAGCUGUCCCACCUCCUGCUCCUUAGCAUCGACAUGCAAGACACCGUCUUCAAACCCAGCGAAUUCGCCAUCAUCAACUCGGGCUCCACGGAUGACUUCAAGAAAGAAGCAAACCUCGUCUGCAAGGACGACGCAGGCCUGAACCUGAACCUCAAGCUGCACUACUACCGUAUUCCCGAUGGUGGUGGUGCAUUCAAGGUCACCGUAUACAGCCCGUAUGUCAUCCUGAACAAGACGGGCUUGGACCUGAGCAUCCGCACAAAGGGUUUCAUGCAGCAAGCCAGGGCUGCAGCGGGCCAGUCCCUCGUCGACACCUCGGAAGAUGGCGGGCGCAAGGCGCUUCCCCUCAUGUUCUCGUUCAACAAUGACGACCAGAAGAACCGCGCACUGCUAAAGGUCGGCGACUCAGAAUGGAGCAAGCCUCAGAGCUUUGAUGCCAUUGGGAGUUCUGCAGAGGUUGUGCUUAAUUCGCCAAGCCGCAAUGCCGAAGUCCAUGUUGGCAUCACCGUCGACUCGGGCCACGGCAAGUACAAGAUGGUCAAGACGGUGACGCUAGCUCCUCGGUACGUGAUCCAUAACAAGCUGGGCGACGAUAUCAACAUCCGCGAACCCAGCUCCUCCGAUCUGUUGGCGUUGAAGAGUGGCGCGCUGCGGCCCUUGCACUUCCUCCAGCGCGGCGGCGUCAAGCAGCUCUGCCUCUGCUAUCCAGGUGUCGACAACCAGUGGACGGCGCCGUUCACCAUAUCCGACUUGGGCAUCACCCACAUCAAGGUCGCUAGAGCUGGUCUGCGCCAAAAGCUCAUCCGGGUGGAGGUCCUGAUGGAAGAUUCCACGAUUUUCCUGAACCUCGGCAUGGAAAACAAGAACUGGCCCUUCUCUAUGCGUAACGAAAGCGACACCGAGUUCACUUUCUACCAGGCCAACCCCAACGUCGACGAGGACGGCACCGAAGACCGGUCUGGAUGGAGGCCGGUGCGGUACCGCCUGCCGCCCCGCAGCAUCAUGCCAUACGCCUGGGACUUCCCGUCAGCCAAGCGCAAGGAGGUCUGCAUCAGCGCCUACAACAGGGAACGAUAUGUCAAGCUGGCAGAAAUCGGCAACCUGAUGCCCAUGAAGUUUGUUGGCACCGACGGACAAUCCAAGAUCAUCGACAUCAACGUCACUGCCGAUGGGCCGACCCAGACGCUGAUCUUGUCCAACUUCAAGCAGUCCAAGAGUCUCUAUCGGCAGCGGUCCAACGCAGGCUCGUCCGUCAGCCAGGGAGGAUUCGAGGCCAAAGAGCUGGACACGGGCACCACUUUCAGCGCACAGCUGAAGCUGUCUGGGAUCGGUAUCUCGAUCAUCAACUCGCAGCUCAAGGAGCUAGCCUAUCUCACGUUCAGAGAUGUUCAGCUCCGGUACAGCGACUCGCCGUUGUACCAGACGGUGAGCCUUGCCGUCAAGUGGAUCCAGAUAGACAACCAGCUGUAUGGCGGAAUAUUCCCCAUGAUCCUUUACCCCAGCGUGGUUCCGAAGCGGGCCCAAGAGAUUGACGCGCACCCGUCCUUGCACGCCAUGGUCACGCGGGUCAAGGACGACUCGUACGGAGUCGAGUACAUCAAGUACGCCACCGUUCUCCUCCAGGAGAUGACGGUGGAGCUGGACGAGGACUUCAUCUACGCUGUGCUGGACUUUUCCAAGGUCCCGGGAGCUUCGUGGACGUCGGCAGACGAAGAGGACAAGCUCUGCGACGACAACAUCGACAUCCCGGAGCCGAAGCAACAGCAAUCUGGCAGGGACAUAUAUUUUGAAGUCCUCAAUAUCCAGCCCAUGCAGCUCGACCUAUCGUUCGUCCGGACCGAACGGGUCAACGUGGAAGACAAGACGUCGUCGCGCAACCCCGUCAUGUUCUUCUUCAACGUCAUGACGAUGGCCAUCGGCAACAUCAACGAUGCGCCAGUGCGGUUCAACGCCCUGAUGCUCGAAAACGUGCGCGUGUCGGUUCCGCUGCUCGUGCAGCACGUCUCGAACCACUACAGCCAAGAAGCGCUGUACCAGAUCCACAAGAUUUUGGGAAGUGCCGACUUCCUGGGGAACCCGGUCGGCCUGUUCAACAACAUCAGCUCCGGCUUUGCCGACAUCUUCUACGAACCAUACCAGGGCCUCAUCAUGUCUGACAAGCCCGAAGACUUUGGCAUCGGACUCGCCCGCGGGGCUGGGUCUUUCUUCAAGAAGUCGGUAUACGGCUUUACCGACUCCUUCUCCAAGGUGACGGGGAGCUUUGCCAAGGGUCUCGCGGCCGCCACGAUGGACAAGCAAUUCCAGGACCGCCGGAGGAUCACACGCGCCCGCAACCGGCCCAAACACGCCAUAUACGGGGUAACAGCGGGCGCUAACAGCCUGUUCACGUCGGUUGCCUCGGGAGUCGGGGGCCUCGCCCGGAAGCCGCUCGAGGGCGCCGAACAGGAAGGCGCGCUCGGAUUCUUCAAGGGCAUCGGCAAGGGCGUGGUUGGCCUAGCCACCAAGCCCGCCAUCGGCGUUCUCGACUUUGCAUCCAACGUCAGCGAAGGAGUCCGCAACACGACAACCGUGUUCGACGGCUCGGAGCUCGACCGCGUGCGCCUGCCGCGCUACAUCCCUGCCGACGGCAUCGUGCGGCCCUACAACCAGCGCGAGGCUCUCGGACAGUCGUGGCUCAAGCAGGUCGACAACGGCAAGUACUUUGACGAGCAGUACAUUGCACACCUGGAGCUGCCCGCCGAGGACAUGGUGGUCAUGGUGACGUUUGCGCGCAUCCUGCUCAUCCGCACCCGGCGUCUGCAGACAGAGUGGGAGGUCCCCCUCAAGGACAUCCAGACGAUUGCCAAGGAGCGCACGGGGCUGAGCCUCACGCUGCGCGGCGGCACCAACGGGCCCUUCAUUCCCAUUGGCGAGGAGAGCGGGCGGACGUUUAUUUACAAGAUGGUGGCGGUGGCGGUGGAGGAGUUCAACCGCAGGUUCAGAGGCCUGGAGUGAACAAAAGGAGGACGAUAAGAUGUGGUUGGUCUGGAGUCAUUGGAGUUUUUUUUUUUGCUGGGACACGGUGAUAAAGACGAGGAUUGAUUGAUUGAUCGGCAGGGGCGUAAAGUAUACUUUGAUGCGUUGCAUACUAGUAAUGCUGUGGGGGAUUGACGGUUCGUUUCUGCUUGUUUUUGUUGCCUGCCUUGAUUAC